UACUUUGAACUCUAUAUUUCAUGUUGUCUGACCUACACCCGCCCGCCUGCAAAGAACUGUAAUUAUAUUAGAGAAGCUGCAGGGGCUUUAAACAGCUCUUUCCAGUUCCUUUGCUUUUUGCUGCCUUUCCCUGCUCUGCUGUCCCCUUUGGAUCUGGGAAUUUUUAUUUUUAUUUAUUGGGUGUGUGGUUCUCGUGCUGGGCUAUUUUUGUUAGAAGCUGAUACUUUAGUCUGAGCUGUAGGCAUUGCCUUGAGAAAAGCUUAGGUUGUUCUGGGGGGGCCAGGACUCUACAGAGAGACAAGUUCAGAGAGGCACCAAAAGAAGAAACAGAAUAGGAAAAGAGGAGGACCUCCUACCUUUUAUUUCUGCAUCUCCUGAUAGAGUCAGUGACCCAGAAGUAUCUAAGCUGCCAGUAUAACUUGACCUGUUUAGAAUAUCUCUUACCAUCACCGCUAUGGCUGAGAUUACAACAGAAGGACAUAUGUCAACCACCACUACAGUGAUGGACAACAAGAAUGGGUCAGUUCUUACGCCACCAGUGAAAGUGGGAAAGAAGUCAGUUACAGAGGACCUAAUGACCACAUUCAGCUCGCCAGCAGCAUGGCUUCUUGUUGUUGCUCUGAUUGUUACCUGGUCAGCAGUAGCUAUUAUCAUGUUUGACCUGGUGGAUUACAAAACCUUUGCAGGAAGCUCUGUUAACAAGCUCAGCAAGGAGCCACUGAGAAUCAUACAUCAGACCGUAGAAGAAUCCACUGAUUGGCUUUAUGGUUUUAUUUCUUUACUGUCUGACAUCGUAUCAACUGAUGAUGAUGACAGUGAUGAAGGUGAAGUGGAACCUCCAUUGAAGAAAAAAGUUGAAAUUCACCCUGCGAGCAAAAAAAGAGAAAUUCGUAAAGACAAGCCUGACAGACAAGAAAAACUUGAAAAACCAGCACCAAAAGUAAUUCACAAAGAGAAACCUGAAAAACAAGAAAAGAUUGAACGGAAGGAACAGCCAAAAGUUGCUCACAAAACCAAGCCUGAAAAACAGGAGAAAGCUGAAAAAGCACCUCCAAAAGUAAUUCAAAAAGACAAACCUGAAAGAGAGGAAAAAGUUGAAAAGAAAGCUCCUCCUAAAGAAGAGAAGAAAGCGAAGAGCACCAAAGUUGAAGAAAAAGUUAAAAAGGAAGUGAAAGAUGGAAAAGCUGAAACAAAGACAGCUGAAAAAGGCAAGCAGACAGAAGCAAAAGUAGAGGACAUUGGGUUAAUAAAGGCCAAACCGAAAGUGAAGGAGGAGAAAGCAGUGAAGGCUGAAACAAAAUCAGAAAAGAAAGAUCAAUAUGCGUUCUGUCGCUAUGUGAUUGACAUGUUUGCGCAAGGGGAUUUUUAUACAGGACAAAAGGAAACAGUGCCUCCUCAUCUACUUGUAGAACAAAAUCCAAGAAAGAAGCCUGCAGCACCAGCUGUUGAAGAAGAAAAGCCUCUUGUGAUAGCUAAGGAAGUGAAAAGAACAGAAGAGGAAAAGAGGAUAACUCAAGAGAAGAGAGCUAUUCCUGAAACUAAAAAGAAAGAAAAAGAAGAAGAAAAAAAGAAAUCCCCUGAGACGACUGUCCCUGAAAUAAAAAAAGCAGAGCCAGUAAAAGAAAAGCCUUCAUUUCCACAUUUAAAGAAAGAAGGUGAGAAAGAACCUGUCGUGUCCAAAGAACCUAAAAAGCCAGCAAAAGCUCCCACAGCCAAGCCAGUCACUAUAAAAGUAGCAGCACCAGUUUCCAAGACAGCAGCAGCAGCUAAAACAGCUGAAGAAUCACCCAAGAAGGAAAAGCUGGUGGAAACUGCCAAACCAUCGAAGAAGGAAAUACCUGUAGUACCUCUAAAAGUACCUGCAUCUGCGGAAAGUCAUAAGGUAAAAGAAACUGGACGAGCCAAAGAGGAAGUUGUUGCGGUUUCAGCAGUACCUGUAAAGAAGGAAGAAAAAACAGUGAAGGCAAUGGAGCAAGAUAAACCAAAGCCUAAAGAAACAAAACCUGUAAAAGAGAAAGAAGUGAAACCUCCAGCUGCAACAAAGGAUAAAGAGCAUGUCAAAGAAAAGAAAGUAAAGCAUCCUGCAGCUUUAAAAGAGCAUGUAAAACAAAAAGCUGUGAAGACGCCAGAAGUUCCAAAGGACAAAGAGCCUGUUAAAAGAAAAGAAGUGAAGCCUCCAGAAGCCUUAAAGGAAAAGGAGCCUACAAAAGAAAAAGAGGUGAAGCCUUCAGUUCUUGUCAAAGAAAGAGGGGCCACAAGAAAACAAGCAAUGAAGACUCCAGUUGUUGUCAAAGAAAAAGAACCUGAAGUCAAAAAAGAAGAAAAGCCAGCAAAGCCAGAACCUGAAGUCAAAAAAGAAGAAAAGCCAGCAAAACCAGUGAUUUUAGAAGCCAAAAAGGUGAAAGAUGCUAAAGUAGUCCUUCAUCCUGAUGCUGAAGGCAAAAAAGUUGAGGCCAAACUACCAAUGACAGUAGUGAAACCUCAUGAACACAAGCAUGAAUCUAUUAAACAAGAAAAAGCUGUUUCCCAUGCCAAACCAGAGGAAAAAAUCAAACAAGAAAAGACAGUUCCCACUGAAAAAUCAGUCAAGUCAAAGCCAGCAAAGCACGAAGCUGUCAGACAAGAAAAAGAAGUUCCACAAACAAAAUCAGCCAGAUCAAAAGUAACUGCAAAACCAGCAUCUGAAAUGACAGUAGCAGCCAAGAAAAAAACAGAAAAGGCUGCAAAGGAAAGAGAAGAAAAAACAGAGAAGAAACAUCCCAAAGAGGGAAAAGCCAAAGCAAUGCCAACAGUAAAAGAAAUUCUAAGACAGCACAACCUGACAACAGAGAAGAUUUCUAAAGCUGCAAAAACAGCAAAAGAAUAUGCAGAAAUAAUUUCCAUUAAAAAAGACAAAGCUCCAGUCCGCUUCUUCCAAUGUGUUUUCCUAGAUGGAUACAAUGGAUAUGGAUUACAAUUCCCCAUUACUCCAGCUCCCGGCCAUGAAAAGAGUCCUGGUCAUGCAAAGACUUCAGGGCGGAAGUCAAAGACACCAGGACAGUAGAGAGACAUGUGACCUGUGUAUUUUUGAGACUUUGCACUUUAUCCCUUCUACUGAGGUCCACAGUAACUACAGUGGUACUUGGUACUGUAGAAAUGUGAUCCAGCAGAUCUCAGGCACCUGGAAGCGUUUUUUACUCUCUGGUGCUGAGGGAAAAGCAGUGGUGGAUGAACACUGUUCAUCCAAACAAUACUAAUACUGUUCUUGAGGGAAGGCUGUGGUGUUGAAAUAGUGUUUGUCAGAUUGUGCAGUUUGUUUGUGCAUGUGCAUUUUCCUGCCUCUUCUGCUCUUCUUAUUUUUCCCCUACCUGUUCAUCACAUCUAUUUUCCAUGUAGUAAUUUUUAAAGAGCAAAAAAUAUAAAUGCAAGGCUUAUUUCAGUAAUAUUUUUUGCAAGAUGACCUGGAAUCCUAAAUCAUAUCCUGUCAAUGUUCAAUCAGAUCUCUGACAUGGAAAAAGCCUCAGUAAAUCUGAAAAAUGUGCUCCAUGACUUGUACUAUUUUUAUGUAUAAUUGACCAGUUAAGAAUGAAGCUCACAUCUUACCUUUAAGCUGCUCAGUAUACCAUAGUAAGGUUCACUAUCCAAACUGUUAAUGAUCAGUAUUUACAUUUAAGUUGAAGGCAAGCAAUAAAAACUUGCUAUAUUUUUCCCUUAUGUAUAUGUAAAAUCGUAAAACCUCACUUUCCCUCUCAUUUUGAGAUCUGGGGAAGUGAGCCAAGGUGGUGCUGGCAAAGGAGAGGUGAAGCAAGGAGGUAAACUGUGAAGAUCUCAUGAGUGGGAAGGAAAUUCUUUUACUUCCUCUGUCUCUUCUUGGACAAAGUCAUUAUCAAUUCAGCACAGACUGCAGAUAGAUCAUGCUGGCCAAUCAUUUGUUAGAAAAAGUCAGACAGGAAGCUAUAUUAUCAGACACUACUUGUGAAACAAAAUCAAAUUUUCAAGUAAAAUGCCAACAUGAUAUAAUCUUGGAGUAAUCAGCAAAAACAGGGCACGUGCAAGAAAUCUUUAUGGUUAAUUUUACUAGAUGAGCUGGAAAGCCUUAUAAGUUAAUAGCUGGGCCUCCGUCAAAGUGCACUGUAUUGUCAGUUACUUUUAGGAUGCGUGCUGCAAGUAAACAUGCCAGUCCUCAACCAUCUUGUUUAUUUCUUCUGAUAGUGUGGAUUAUCUGUUAAAGAAAAGGGAUGCCCUGGUACUUGACCUAUGUGAAGGUGUCUGAUUGUAAAUCAGUGUUGUGAUUGUCUGUACAUGUCUAGCAAUGUAAAUAAUAAUGCAUUUUUGCAAGCUGCUAUUUUUCUUCCUUACUAUAUUUAUGAAUUUAAUCUGUGAAACAUGCAGCUGUGAUCCCAGUUUCAUAGUUACCAUCUGAAAUACCAUGAAUUUUAACAUGGUAACUCAUGAAAUAGAUCUACUCACACCUGGUAACCCAUAUAUAGCUUUUUUUUUUUCAGUAUAGUGCAAGAUAACAUCACCAUAAUACCGAUGCUUAUCUCGAUAGGAAGAUUGACUUACAUGGGUUUCAGAUAACUAUGUCCCAGAAGGACUCAGGCAAUUUAUAAUGGGAUGUGGAGUUUUUUACCUCUAGGUCAUUGGGUCAGAUUGGUAAUGGCUGAAAGUUGUUACUUUCUGAUUGAUGUUCAGUGGCCUAUGUGAAAUGAAUUCUUGGUCUUAGCACACUCUGUGUUAUGCAGGUACCUGCCUCUCAAAAUCUACCGUCCCACUAGAUGUCCUUGGCAGCCGUUUAGAAACUCAACUCCCAUCUUGUGUCUGGGGGUUGUUCUUCCCAGUCAGGAAGGGGUCACACUGGGGAUGUGGGUGUAGAGUGCUCUGACUCUGCAGUAACCAGAGCUGUAAGCUUGGAACCUUCCACUAUGAACAGCCAACUCCCAUGAUUUUUUUCAGCAGGCCUUCUCCCCCGCCCCCCUGGGUCCCCAUCCCCUCAGUGUACCUUUUGUGUCUCACCACAAAUUGUGUGUAUUUCAGUGUGUCGUUACACAGGUUGCUGUCCUAUGAUUUUCCUACUAAGGCUGUCUUAAUGAAGAGAUUAUAACUUUCAGAAGGUCAGCUCAUUUAAUUCAUAGCUUUAGCCAAUUCAAAUGAUCAGCAUGACAUUUUAAUUUUUUAUAUAGUCACAAGCUGUUGGGUUUUUUAGCUUUUUUUGACACUUAAUUUCCCUUUUUGCUCAUGAUGACUUGGCUGUUUCUCCCAUUGUGAUUUAAGUUGGGAAAGUACAAUGUUUUUAAGAGCCUGUUCCUCUAGCACAGUGGUUCCCAAACUUGUUCCACC